AUGUCGCAGCACUACGGCUUCGAGCACUUCGAUGGUGCGUCCAACUACGGGGCUUCGAGCUCGGAAUACUCCAGCAUCGACAGCAGCUCUCGCCCUUACAGUCAGACCAACGGCCAAAAGCGCACGCAGCCCAGCACCGCCUCUCGUCGUCACGACCUCGACCUCGAUUUGGACCUUGAAGCCAUCAGCGAUCUUCAUCUGACUGAGAAGGACUUGGACCCUUCACGGUCUCGCGCUCAUGCUCAUCAAGGUCCUUCAUCCUCAAACUACGACAACGCUGUUCACCCGCAUCUCACCCACGGUGAUUUUCACAACGGCUCGGCCACCCUUUCUGACAUCGAAGCAAAUGCAGAUUUGGCUCUUCAGCAGAGCCUACCUGAGCAUGCCUGUGCGUACUGCGGCAUCCACAACUCUUCGUGCGUAGUCAAGUGUCUCAUCUGCAACAAGUGGUUCUGCAACUCGCGCGGAUCCACUUCGGGCUCGCACAUCGUCAACCAUCUCGUCCGCGCCAAACACAAGGAGGUUUGCCUUCACUCCGAGUCGCCCCUCGGUGAGACCACACCCGAAUGCUACAACUGCGGGGCUAAGAAUGUCUUCCUUCUCGGCUUCAUCCCAGCAAAGAGCGAGACUGUGGUGGUCUUGCUGUGCCGCCAGCCCUGCGCAGCCAUGUCCAACUCGAAAGACAUCAUCUGGGAUACUAGCCAAUGGUCGCCUCUUAUCGAGGAUCGCUGCUUUCUCACCUGGCUCGUCAAAGUGCCCUCGGAGCACGAGCAGCUUCGUGCACGACCAAUCACUCUGCAGCAGAUCAACCGUUUGGAAGAGCUAUGGAAGGAUAAUGCCAAUGCUAGCCUCGAGGAUCUUGAUAAACCAGGCGUCGAGGAGGAGCCCAAUAGCGUACUGCUUCGCUACGAGGAUGCAUACCAGUACCAGAACAUCUUUGGCCCCUUGGUCAAGAUGGAGGCCGACUACGACCGCAAGCUCAAGGAGUCGCAAACCCAGCAGGAUCUCGUCGUGCGUUGGGACCAGGGUCUCAAUCAGAAGAAGAUCGCCUGGAUGAUGCUUCCCAAACUCGAAAGCGGUGAGGUCCGAUUGGCAGUCGGAGACGAGCUCAAGCUCCGCUACCGAGGCGAGAUGGCAGCCCCUUGGGAGGGCGUCGGUCACGUCAUCAAGAUCCCCAACAAUGUCUCGGACGAGGUCGCAUUGGAGCUCAAGAGAGCUGACGGCGUGCCCGACCACUGCACGCACAAUUUCUUCGCCGAUUUUGUCUGGAAGGCCACGUCGUUCGACAGGAUGCAGAGCGCCAUGAAGACCUUCGCUGUCGAGGAGCAGAGUCUCAGUGGAUACAUCUACCACAAGCUGCUCGGCCACGAGAUCGAUAACGCGACGCUCCGAACCACCAUGCCCAAGCGCUUCAGUGCUCCCGGCCUGCCCGAGCUCAAUCACAGUCAGGUCAAUGCGGUCAAGAGCGUGCUGCAGAAACCGCUCAGCCUCAUCCAGGGUCCUCCUGGUACGGGCAAGACAGUAACCUCCGCUACCAUCGUCUAUCAGCUUAGCAAGAUGAACCCAGGUCCAGUCCUAGUCUGCGCCCCCUCCAAUGUCGCCGUCGAUCAGCUCUGCGAGAAGAUUCACAUGACGGGCCUCAAAGUGGUGCGUCUCACAGCCAAGAGCCGAGAAGCGCUUGAUAGCCCCAUCAGCUUCUUGACGCUCCACGAGCAGGUCGCCAACAACGACACUAACAUUGAGCUGCAAAAGCUGAUUCAGCUCAAGAACGAGCAAGGAGAGCUCAGCAGCAGCGACGAGCGCAAGUACAAGGCACUCACCCGGGCUUGCGAGAAGGAGAUUCUCAGCACCGCCGAUGUCAUUUGCUGCACCUGCGUUGGCUGCGGUGAUCCUCGCUUGGCCAAGAUCAAAUUCCGAACCGUGCUGGUCGACGAAGCGACGCAAGCAGCCGAACCAGAAUGCAUGAUCCCCCUCGUGAUGGGCUGCAAGCAGGUGGUCUUUGUUGGUGAUCACCUCCAGCUCGGCCCAGUCAUCAUGAACAAGAAGGUGGCGCGCGCCGGCGCGAGUCAGAGUCUGUUCGAGCGCCUCAUCAUGCUCGGUAAUCGGCCCAUUCGACUUCAAGUGCAGUACCGCAUGCACCCUUGCCUCUCGGAAUUCCCUUCCAACAUGUUCUAUGAAGGCACUCUGCAGAACGGAGUUACCGCGCCCGAAAGGUUGCGCAAAGACGUUGACUUUCCGUGGCCCGUGCCGUCCCUGCCCAUGCUUUUCUUCCAGAACUUGGGCCAGGAGGAGAUCUCAAGCAGCGGCACGUCGUUCUUGAAUCGCACAGAAGCAUCCAACGUCGAGAAGAUCGUGACGCGCUUCUUCAAGGCCGGCGUCAAGCCAUCGCAGAUCGGUAUUGUGACUCCCUACGAAGGUCAGAGGAGCUACAUUGUCAACCACAUGCAGCUGCACGGCGUGCUCAAGAAGGAGCUCUACAAAGAUGUCGAAGUGGCCAGCGUCGACGCUUUCCAGGGUCGAGAGAAGGACUACAUCAUCCUGAGUUGCGUGCGUAGCAACGAGCACCAGGGCAUCGGAUUCCUGAGCGAUCCGCGGCGACUCAACGUGGCGCUCACUCGAGCUCGCUAUGGCCUGGUGAUCCUCGGCAAUCCCAAGGUGCUCAACAAGCAUCCUCUGUGGCACUACCUGCUCGCUCACUACAAGGAGAAGGGAUGCCUUGUCGAAGGUGUUCUGUCCAACUUGCAGCCUAGCAUGAUGCAGUUUCCUAAGCCGCGCCGACCGUUGCAGAGGCCCGGAGAUCUCAUGGCCCGUCAUCGACACGACUUGGCUGGCGACGAUGCGUAUGGCGCUUCUCGUCGGGGGCCAUCUUCCGGCACGGGUCCGAAAGGCCACUCGAACGAGCAUGGCUUCUUUCGCACGCACGACCCCAUGUCGUACAUCCCUAGCGACGCUCAGAGCGUCACGAGCUUGGGUACGCAGGCGACAUACCCCUCUACCCAUCUCUCGGUAGGCGGACAGCAUGGACCGUAUGCGAGCAGCAUCGUGAGUCAGGACGUCGAUACCGAGAGCCUGGCCGGCAGCAUUGCACCGCCAGCAAGCAUCACAUACAGCCAGAGCGAUCGCCUUCAUCGUCGACUCAGUCUGAGCAGCAUGAGCGGCGCUUCAGACAUGACGAGCCUAGACAACUACAAGGGUGACGGAAGUUACGCUGGCGGGCACGACGAUGACGCGGGUUCGACGUUUUCGGCUGCCAUUUCGCAAUCGUCGUUCACCACGUUUUGA